AUGGGAACCAGGAAAGUCCAAGGAUUAUAUAAUUCAGAUUUUGAUAGAAAUGUCACGAAUGGUGUCAAUAUCCCGCUAAAUUACAAUUUUGACGCGAAUUCUUUCAAUGAAGAUAGAAGAUAUUCAAUGGCUUUGCCAUUGCAUCAACAAAUCCAUAUCCCAGAAACCCACUCUUUUUGUAAGCCUAGAAAUGAAGUUAUAGAAGAUAAGUACACACCAAAACCAAGCAAAUCAAUUAACAUUGAUGACCCGCUAAUAUCGACAACGCCGAUAAUGGUAUAAAUAUAAGCAGCACCCAAAAGAUUCCAGGACCCGAGCAAUUCCUUCAAUCAAUUUAGAAGAGCAAUCACAAAUAGCAGAUUUCCAAGAAGGUGAAUGCAAAAUUGAACCAUGGAAGCGUAUGAUUGGCAAUGCUAGUGAACUUAUGCUUCUUAAGGUAAAUUCAACAUAGUUUCAGGAAACUCUGAUGGUAGAAAGAACAAUAAUGCUUGAAAUUAUAAAUAAAGACUCAAAACGAGACCAAUUGUUGUUGGAGCUAACCAAAAAAUUGGAAACUCUGAAUAGAGAAAAUGCCAUUUUGGCCUUGGAAAAUAAGGGAUUGCAUGAUAUGAUACACACAUGAAAUUCACAGAUCAUUUAA